AUGGCCCGUCCCUCGCCGGAAGUGUCGUGCUGCUGCACCCCCCCCCCGCUGUCGGUGCGGAAGGAAGUGACGUCACGGCACGCUGACGCCGCCAUGGAGGUGCCGGCGGCCGCCCGCCAGCUGCUGCUGCUGCUGAACCGCCUCCUGGCGCAGAGGCGCCUCCAGCCGGCGCUCGCCGCCCUCAAGGGGCUACGCAAUGGGGCCGUGUACGGAGCGAAGAUCCGGGCGCCGCACGCGCUGGUCAUGACCUUCCUCUUCCGGACCGGCAGCCUGGAGGAGAAGGUGCGUGCGAUCCUGCGAGCGACGUACCAGCACUCGCGGAACCUCGCCUGCUUCGUGCUGCUCUACAAGGGGGCGAUGGCUCUGCUGCGCGUGGCGACGGGCGGGCAGAAAAAGAGCGUCCACGCCUUCCUGGCCGCCUCGCUCGGGGGUUGGCUCGUGUUCGGAGAGAACAACCAGGUCAACAGCCAGAUCAACAUGUACCUGCUGUCGCGGGUGCUGUUUGCGGCGGCGCGCGUGGGCUCGGAGAAGGGCUGGAUCCCCACGCCGGCACGUGACCCCUUCCCGCUGUUCGCGGCCCUCGUGUGGGGCAGCGUGCUGUGGCUGUUUGAGCACCAGCGCCACACACUGCAGCCCUCGCUUCAGUCCUCCAUGACCUACCUGUACCGCGACAGCGAUCACUGGACCGACCUCACCGACUUCCUCAUCUACAACAAGCGUCCAUGAUUGUUGACGAGCGGCUCGCCAGGCCCCGCUCCCUCCCCCCUCCAAUGGCAUCUCCGGCGCUGAGCCGUGCAAUACCAAGCCAGUGGUAACCCAAUGAUGGUCUGUCAGCAACUACUGUGGUCCGCACGUGUUGCUGAUGUGAUCUUUUAGUCAGAAAACACGAGAUGACCUUGACCGGUUUGCUGUGUCACAGCCAAAUAAACUACCGAACUAAACUAUUUUUUAUUUUACCAGCUCAGGCCCACUGAUAGCUCUUUUUCAGAAGCGACCUGGCCACAAAUAAUAGAUCAACGAAGUGACUUAUCAUCAUGUGGAAAUGUAUCACGGCCAAAUAUUCUAAAUGCACAUUGAUUCUAAAUGUGGAGGGAAAAACCAUAGGACCUGGAGAAAAGCCCAAGUGACCACGGGGAGAACAUUAAAACUCCAAAUAUACAGCAGCAGGCAUCAGGCUCGGGAUCGAAUCCACGACCUUCUGCAUGCCAGGCGAGGUAGUUAACAUCUCACCAGCAGGGUUUCCCAGACUCCAGUCCUCAUGCCUGUCCGUGGUCUUCUUUUUAACAUCUACCAAUCUUCGUUCGAAUGCACUUUAAGUUGUUCCUACGCGCUGCAUCCGACUGAUGAUUGUAAACCCAUCCCACGUGGUGCGAGAGAGUGCCAAUUCAAAUCGAUAUCCUGCGUGUGGAGAUGGCGUGCGCUGUUUACCAACCCGCCGCAUCUGCUGUGGCAGUGCGGAGCACAGGUGGUGUGUCUGUCAUCUCACUCGGCUAACCCCGAAUGCUUAUGCCUGUUGCAAGACCUGCAAGCAAGAGGCUUCGAUGCUCCACGUGGCCUCAAAGUGUACCUAGCCUGGCACAAGCGCCGUGGUGAUAUCACCACCAUUUAGUGGCGAAUGGCGGUCGUCGUUACUUACUGAUCAUUAGGCACGUGCAGCUGGAGACAACUUGGUUUGAAGUGCUGCAGAGAUUGGUCACCAUUAAAAGACGGGCUGUGGACUUACAGUUUAGGAAACCCUGUGACACAGCGCUGGUGUUUUAUACCGUGUGAUGAUGUUCCAUGCCCUUGCACCACGUGGUCACACCACCAGUGUGUAGCACUUCUCGUGAUGCCAACCACGGCACGCCAUGCGCCAUUGUCUCUGAGGGCCAGGAUCGGGCUCAUGUCGUGUCAUGUUCGUGUCGUCCCCGACCUGCGCCAGAACGGCGAUUCGUAAAAAAACCGGCUGAGUUCCGAUCGGCUUUGUGGGUCACCCGCGGAUACCGGUGGGGACCCGACCCGAUGCAGCACUCGUCUGUGCCAUGCCAUACAACUCGAGCCAUCCGGCCUGCUUCCUGAUGGCUUAGAGCAGCCUGCCCUGCCACAGUAAUGCCACCACUGCCUCGCGUGGCAUUCACGCCACCCGGGCACUGUCACCAGACGCUGUCACGCGCAGCCACACACGCGUAAGCUGUGGCUCUUAACUAAAUAUUUGACAUUACAGCAGCAGCAGCGACAUUGCCAGUUUUUUUCUUCUGACGUGAAGUUAAAGGAGCAGCCCUGCAAUUGCUCGCUCAGGCCGAUGCGGGUGGAAGGGUUUCCACUCGAGGGAGCUCUAGAGAGCCUCCUUUAGAGUAUUUGGCCUACUCUUCCAUGCUGGCCAAAUGCAAAUUCCAUAUUGGAAGCAAGAAGGUAAUGACCUGAUAUGUAAUUACAUUAUCAGGUGGUAAUCUUAAUUAUUAUCAAAAACUCAUUCUGGUUUUCACUAACGAAUUUGUUAUUAUAUAUUGUGUCUGCUGAAGGUUGUUUUCCUCCAUGGCUAAAUGGAAAUUGGGUUUUGACCUUUGGGAUUUAGAUUAUUUUGUGCAACCUCUCCUGAUCCUUUGAUGUCAUAAUUCACUAUAGCACCUGCACAUUAACUGAUUUAAUAGCUCCGUAUAAAUACUGCACUGUAUUAGAAUCCAGUUGUACGAUUGACAACAUUGAUGCCACCGGUUGCACGGCGGGCGGGAAGGCACGGAGCAGCAGGUGUAGCAAGUACGCAAAUAUCUUGAGCUGUGACACCAUGGAGAAGACACACUGCAUGCUUAGAUACAUUUUCACUUGACGAAGAUUCACAGUUGGGGGCCAAUCUAAUUGGUGGCAAAAGGGGAGCUUGUGUGGGGAGAGUUUAAUUCCUGCGUUAGGCUGUGUCUAACGCGGCUGGCUCAUGGACGCGUUGGGCCGUCUUGUUUUGUUUUUUUCGCGUUAGUAAUUUUAAUGUUGAAAAAGCACUUGAAACUAAUGUGAUUCACUGAAAUGUGAAAUCUUCCUGUAGUGACGUCUUCGCAGGAACUAAAUCAAUACGAACACGCGGGCGUCGUCGUGCUCACACGGGACAGCAGAGUCCCAAAGCACUCUACCACCACCAUGCUGCGCCACAACAACAUCGGUUGCCUUAAAACAUUUUAGCGACGGAUUGAGAACUUCGUUGAUUUUGGUUGAUAUGUUCAUAACGGGGAACAUUGAAUUGUUCUAAAAAUAAUAUAUUUAAUUUAUGCAGUCAUUUUAUAAUUCUCAUGUUAGAUAGUAAUAUACAAUAACACGUUUUUGUUAACACUAUUCAGCCAUUUCAGAGUGUAAUUGUUCCGUGUUGGUCUAACGUUGUGUGCCCGCAAUAACACGUUAUUGCGGAUCUUUGACACCAGGGGGCGACGUUGCCACAUCGGGCAUCUGAUGACCUUGCAGCUUCUGUAAUUAACUCAUUGAAUAAAUUAUGAUCUUGCUAAACUC